GUCUUUGGCGCUGUCUGGGAGCCGUUAGUGACGGAAAAGCGCCGAAACAGCGACGGUGAGGCCUCGGCGAUUUCUCGGUGGUGAGCGGCGCUCGGAGGCCGCGAGUGGGCCGGUGGGCCCGGCAGCCUCGCCCGCAGUCGGCAGUCGGUCGUUUCGGGCGGAAGCAGAGGGGGAAAUGGCGAGCGCUGUGCCUGUCGGGGACGUGGUGGUGGUGACGGCCGAGGCCACGAGCCUGGAGGGGGAGAGCUCGGAGGAGAACAAGACCCAAGUCAUCCUGCAACUGCAGUCGGUGCAGCACGGCAUGUGUGAAGAAGGAACUGAGUCGAACUGCAAUGCUUCAGUUGUUACUGUGGAGACUCACACUUUACAGAAGUUAGCAGAUGGUGAAGAUAUCUGCAAUGAGGAUGUUGAAAUCGCUUAUCCUAUUACUUGUGGGGAAAGCAAGGCCAUUUUAAUGUGGAAGAAAUUUGUUUGCCCGGGGAUUAACGUGAAAUGUGUAAAGUUUAACGAGCAGCUUAUAAGCCCAAAGCAAUUUGUACACCUUGCAGGGAAAUCUACUCUGAAAGACUGGAAAAGAGCAAUUAGAAUAGGUGGUGUGAUGUUGAGGAAGAUGAUGGAUUCUGGGCAGUUGGACUUUUUUCAACACGAUAAAGUCUGCACCAACACCUGCCGCAGCACGAAGUUUGAUCUUCUGAUCAGUAGUGCUAGGGCACCAGUUCCCAGUCAGCAGAGCAAUGUGAUCCAGACUCCAACCUCUAUUGAAGGCAAUGGGACACACAUCACUGUAUCUGAAGACAAUACUGAAGAAUGCAUUGAGUGGAGUCCAGCUCUUACCACAGUGGCAGUUACUACAGAGGAUCUAAACAGGAAAGAUGGUGAAGAAAUCUCUGAGGAUACUUUGGCUUUCUGGAAAGGAAUAGCAGAUGUGGGUUUGCUGGGGGAAGUUGUCACCAAUAUUCAAAAGGAGCUGAUGGAGAUGCUAUCUGGUGUUCAGCAACGGAUGGGUCAAACUCCACUUCAAAUUACGGAUGCUGCAGUUCUGAACAACAUGGCACACACUUUUGGUCUCCUAGAGACUGUGAAGAAAGUAUUAGACAACAGGAAGAGUCAGACUGAUCAAAGCCAAGAACAGAUUCAUAAUGAUCUUGCUGAACUGGAACGUCAGCUGGAGGAGCAGAGGAGACGAGCCAAGGAACAAAAAUUGAAAAACCAAACGUUACAAAAUGUGGUGCUGAUGCCAAUUGCUACUCCCAAACCCAACAAGCGCCCUCGACUCCAGAGACCUGCCUCUGCCAGCAUUUUGACCCCAACCACACCGGUUCAACAGCCCCAGUUCACUGUCUUAUCGCCUAUUGCGAUCACACCAAUAGGAACAAACUUUUCUGUUGCCAAUGUCACGACCAUGCCCGUGGCCAUUGCUCAGCAAUCCAGCCCUGUCACUGUCCACACACUGUCAGGUGGAUCACAGCUUUUCACCAGAUAUGCUGCCGUAGUCAGUGCGCCCAAGACAACUACCUCUGACACGGUUACCAUUCAUCCUGCCUCCAGCCUUGCCCUGCUGAGCACGGCCGCCAUCCAAGACAGCAAUGCCAUCACGACAAUGGCUGGUGUCAGUGUCAGCCCCGUGGAGCUGGUCACAGUGGACUCUGGUCUGGCCUCUGUCGUUCAGAGCCAUAGUGUUGACCAGUCGACAGCAGAAUCACAGACUGUGAUCGAAAUUCACCCUGGGCCGGCCAUGGAUUCAGACCAAGAUGGUGUGGCAGAAGCAGAUUGUGAUGACAAGACGCCUGACACGGACAAUGAAGCCCAAAUACAAGCCAUUGAAAUUGUGGCCCAUGAGGAUCAGCAGGAUGAGGGAAAUGAGGAAAAUUAAAGACACAAAGCAAACAUUUGAGCUUUAAAAAUAAUCGCUUGGCUGUAUCUGAAUGUACUGUUACCAAAAUGUAGUUAAGUGUAAAAGGUAUGAAUUUUGACAUGAUUUUUUAAAGGAAGGAAUGCAAUAUUAUGAUGCGUUCUCUGUGCUCUGUUCCAGCCGUGGAUUAGAAUCCGCUCCGGUUUCCUUCAUUUUGUACGCUGCUUUUAACCAAGUGUUUGAGUAGCAUGUAAUCAUCUCACAUUGUUUGCCCCUUCUCAAAGCAACUUGUAAUGAAGAUGCAGUCUUUGGUUUUCUGAUGUAAUUGAAUGCAAAGUAUGUACUAGAUCCACAUUCUUAAAAUUGCUUAUCACGAAUUAGCCACUGCUGGCAUUUGUAAAACAAAGUGAAUUGAUUCGGUUUAACUUGAGCCAUAUUUUGUACAUGGCAUCCACAUUUGAUUCCUUUACCUGAAAGAGGUUGGAGUUGUUUAAUCUUAAAGAAAAGAUUUUGAAGGACAAGUAGCAGUGGGUGACAAGAUCACUUAACAAAAGUUGUACUCUUGCAUUGUUGCUUUGGAUAAUUGGAGAGAAAUUUGGGAAGCAAUCACUGCUGGUAUAAUAGGUGAGAAAUCAACAACUCCAGAUGGUGCAGACUGAUGCAAAAUAACAAGUGGUUGGAAAUGAACAGCGGAUGCAUCAGCAUUUGGGGGGAAAGGUCUGCAUCUUGAGACUCUCCUUCACUCUUAGUAAUGAAAAAGUCAACAAAAGAUUAAUGUCUCCUCUUUUUGGAUGCUGCACAUCUUGCUAUUCACUGGUGAUUUUACUCCUUUAAUUGUAACCUCCUUGCCUAUCCUUGCCAAAAUUUGAACAGGUUCCUUUUGUGGAAGGGCAGCUUCAUUGUGUCUCCUUUUCAAUGAUGUUUCUUAAUGUGAGCCUGUAAUGUUUUCAUUUGCUUAUUAUGAAUCCACAAUAUGUACAUUUUUUAAACUAAACCAACAAAAGAUUAAUAGCAUUCCUAUAUAGCAAUUAAAUGCAUGUGACAGAAGGUGAUUGAAAUUAAUCAAAUGCUUUUAUUUCUUU